CUCAGUGCGCGCUCACCAUGGCCUACAUCGCCAAGUCCUUCUACGACCUGAGUGCCACCAGCCUGGAUGGCGACAAGAUCGACUUCAAUGCGUUCCGAGGCCGGGCGGUGCUGAUAGAGAAUGUGGCCUCGCUCUGAGGCACCACCACCCGGGACUACACCCAGCUCAACGAGCUGCAGUGCCGCUUUCCCAGGCGCCUGGUGGUCCUCGGCUUCCCCUGCAACCAGUUUGGACAUCAGGAGAACUCUCAGAAUGAGGAGAUCCUGAACAGUCUCAAGUAUGUCCGCCCUGGAGGCGGCUUCCAGCCCACCUUUACCCUUGCCCAAAAGUGUGAGGUGAACGGUCAGAACGAGCACCCCGUCUUCGCCUACCUGAAGGACAAGCUCCCCUACCCUUAUGACGACCCAUUUUCCUUCAUGACCGAUCCCAAGUUCUUCAUUUGGAGCCCCGUGCGCCGCUCCGACGUGGCCUGGAACUUUGAAAAGUUCCUUAUAGGGCCCGAGGGGGAGCCCUUCCGCCGCUACAGCCGCACCUUCCAGACCAUCAGCAUCGAGCCGGACAUCAAGCGCCUGCUCAAAGUUGCCAUAUAGACGGAGCAGGCAGACCGACCCUCCUGCCUUAGGGCCCAGGGUGCCCUCGGGGACACUGCUGGACCUGAGCUUUCCCUGGAGUGCCUCUUAGGAGGGCCCUGCCUUUCGGGUCUGCUGCCCUUCCCUUCCUUCACCCAGCCCUCUGCUCGCUCACUCAUUCAACUUAAGACUCCAGUGCUGGUGUGGCUCUGGGCCUUCACAGAAUGAUGGCACCUUCCUAAACCCUCCGGAAGGUGUCUGAGAAAUGUGAAGGGCCUGGGGCCGGCCUGCUGAUGAGUCCAAUAAAGGGCAGGUGUGGAAAUA